AUGAAGACGGUUCGCGGUGUGGCGGCUGCUACCGCGGCAUCCCCUUCUGCACGUUGGGCUAUCCUGAGAGGUCUGGUCGCUGUGACGGCGCUUCUCUGGGCAGCUCAGAGGUCGGGCACACUGUGGGUGCUGGGAUUGCUACUGUGUGUGCUGGUUGAGGAAGCCUACCUCCUCCAUGACUGGUCCGUGGAUCUUGUGUCCUGGUGUUCUCCGGGAGCUUUGUGGCGCUACGAACUCAACAAACGUAAACUUUGCGCUCUCACCAUCGACGAUGUGCCGCUGCUGGACAAGCCGUCUUCACUGGAGGAGAUACUAGAUGUGCUGAAGGAGAACAAGGUCAAAGCUACUUUGUUCGUCAUGUCGGGAUUCGACCUCCCGCCAGAGAAAGGGGGUCCUCCAAAAGAGUUGCGGAAGC